AUGAAGCACAAUUUUAAGCUUUUCUUUUAUUGCCUUCCCUUCGCUUUUUCCUUCUUCUUUCCCUUCGCUUUUUUCUUCAUCUUUCGCUUUUUUCUUCUUUCGCCGCCACCUUCUUCUUCUUCUUCUUCUUCUUCUUCUUUCGCCCUCUUCUUCUUCUUUCGCCUUCUUCUUCUUCUUCUUUCUUUCGCCGCCUUCUUCUUCUUCUUCUUCUUUCGCCGCCGCUUCUUCUUCUUCUUCUUCUUCUUUCGCCGCCGCCGCUUUCUUCUUCUUCUUCUUCUUCUUUCGCCGCCGCCGCCUUCUUCUUCUUCUUCUUUCGCCGCCGCCGCCUUCUUCUUCUUUCGCCGCCGCCUUCUUCUUCUUCUUCUUCUUUCGCCGCCGCCGCCUUCUUCUUCUUCUUCUUCUUCUUUCGCCGCCGCCGCCUUCUUCUUCUUCAGCAAUGGUGCUUCUCUUUGA